AUGGCUUCAAUUGCUGCUCGGAAGCAGGAUGCUCAUGAAUGGUUGUCUGAGUUGUGCCCGGUGAUUGAAAAGAAGCUGAAGGAUAAUUUGGAAGUCGGAAGGCAUUGGAGAGUGAGCAGAUCUGAUACCUAUGUGUAUGAAGUUCACUGCCAGAAGUACAAUAGCAUGGUAAAUUUGGAAACUCGCUUUUGUUCGUGUGGAGAAUGGCAGCUGUAUGGCUUCCCAUGUUCCCAUGCCCUUGUAGUGAUCCAACAACAUGGUUCUUCCCCGUAUUUGUAUGUCAAUGAGCUGUACAAGGUGGAGAAAUAUCGAGAAACUUAUUCUUUCCCAAUUAAUCCUCUUCCCUCUAUUUCGAAGCAAGUGCAUGAUUUUGGUAGAGAUGCGGUGAUCUUGCAGCCGCCUUUGACUAGAAGACCACCGGGAAGGCCUAGAAAGAAGAGGUUCAGAAAAAGGAGCGAGAAAACCAGGGUGAUCAAGUGUGGUAGGUGUGGAAAAUGUGAUGGUCACAACAGAAAGAGUUGUACAGCUCCGAUAUAG